CAGUUUAUUUGAACAACGAGCACAAUACAGAACUAAAUACACAAUCACUUAUUUAGUUAGUCUACACAAAUUUAUUUCUGCAACAAUGGUCAGUCUCAGGUUCACGCGGCUAUCUGAAAAGUCGAAAAACAUAUCAUUUCUUGCUGUGGUCAAUCCGAAAAAAACACCAUCGACCGAUAACACGGCAUUCAUCAAGUCGUCCUCCACUGAGGACAUUUUCAUGAAAACCGGUGAGCUUAAGGAAGUCACACAGCAUUAUGGGCGUCGCAUUAUUGAGGACAUUGUCGAGCAAAUUUUUGACGAACAAGUGGGACUGGAAAAGGCGGGAGUUCCAGAUUCCAGCACGGGAUGUUCCAGCACGAGCAGCAUAAGGGAGUCCAUUAAAAUGGACAAGCGUCUGAAACUGUGGGAAGACACGUUAACAGAUCGCCUAGAUGUUCAGCUAAAGAUAUGGCGCAAGACUGGCAAGAGACCUGGAGAGAUGCUCUUCAAUCUACCCACAACAGUCGAGCAACGGGACAAGGGUACUGUAAACCGUCUCAUGGACGUUGCCACGCGCUUGAAUCCCGUGGCAUUAAAGGGCAAGCAGGUUGCAGUGCUGCCCGGACAUUUCAAUAGCGAGCAGUGCAAGUUUAUGAAUGAGUUGCGGGAGACUUUGCCAACAGCCGAGCAAAAAGGUGAAGCCGAGGUGGAAAUUAGCGGCCUCACAACCACAACCAAGGACGAGAUAAUGGGUCCAGUUGCGGAAUAUGAAGAAAAGCACUCAAAACAACGAACUAAAUGGAUGAACUCGAGAGCACUCGAGCAACGUAUCGAGCGGGAGCACAGGGAUAUCAAACGAGUUCUGGAAUUCUUUCCCGAUGCCGAACACCUUGAAGUGGUCGGUCAGAAUAUAUUAAAGGACCCAAACGUUUUCCAAGUGCAGGCUGAAGAGCUCAAUUCAUUUCGCACUAUAAGCAGCACUACCAUGGAGUUUGAGGAAGAGGGGAGCGAGAGAAGCCAAACGGAGUCGUCCCAUAAAAUAGAAUUGGAAAAGCCCUCCAUUGCGGCUGGCAUUAAGAUCAACAAUGAAAUAUUCAUCAUGAAUGAUAAGCGCAGUGCACAGAACAUUGACGUGCCCAUCAAUUUCCAGUGCGAGCCCUACCAUCGACAGCUGAAGCAGGUGCUGCGAUUCGAGAACAUUGGCCAUCAAGUGAUCAUUUGCAAGUGGCGCCGAACGGCCUACCAUAAGAGAAACUCACAGUUUCUGGCGACCGGCAACGACACAUUCCUGUUCGACAAGGCCAACUUUGUGCUCCGGGCGGGCGAUGUGCAUGUGACCAAUGUAGUGUUCCAACCACGUCGCGUCUGCCUCGUUAAGGAGCGUUGGGAGCUGCGAAUAUUUCCUCAAAUCUUCUGUGGUCAUCGCGACUCGCUAGUUGUACGUCUGAUCGGAAAAUGCACUCCGCCGGAGGAGUACGUGCGCAAGACAAACCAUCUGCAAAGCAGCGUCAUCGACAAAUCCAAUAAGACCGCCAUGGAUAAGCUCGGAGCGCUACAUGCAGAGCUCACGCCACUCAUUCAACCACACGAGGUGUUGUGUCCAUACGAGCGGGUGUUUGACGAGCGCGAGAUAUUCAAUGCAGAGAAUUUGGGAUACCAUUGCGACCGGUUCGACGAUCUGGAGCAUCUGAAAAACUUGUACAGGAUUCUGAAGAAGCCCCGUGAGCCGCAAUGGGACUUCAGAUUGGACUCACUCAAAAGGUUAAUCAUGCGCCAGCCCGAACCAAUCCAACGUGAGAUUCACUUUCAGCUGCUAAUGGAGUCGCUGGAGCCUUUUAAGUGCAGUACCGACGGCCUGCCAUCGAAGAAGUUCGAACACAAUGCUGAAAGGGAUCGAUCGCGCUACAUUUAUGUGCGCGGGGCUAUAGCAAACGGCAUAGAGGAAUGGGAGGAUUUGAUUAUUUCCUUGGAAGAGAGCUCACUGAAGUUGGAGCUCAGGCGCUUCUAUGACAAGCUCGAAGAGAGCAAAGAGAAGCAAAAUGGCGAGGAGCUGUCCUCCGAUGAAGACGAGGAGCCCAAGCCGUGGAUGCGACAACUGAAGCAACAACAGCCCGAACUCUAUGUGCUUAAGAAGAUGCGCAGCAAGAAAUAUUUCAGGGACUCGCUCUAUAUUCACACAUACACGCAACUCUGCGACAUGGCCGAGAAUCUAGUGUCAGUUAUCGAGAGCACAGAAUACGUUUAGAUGUUGUAGUUGUAUUUAUUUUUAGCUCGCAAAAAUUAUCUGUUCAGGUUAGAUUUUAUUCAACAUUUAAAAUUCUCGUCACCACUUUGUGUAUCGCUCAAGGGUUAAAGCCACUUCGCGUAGGCUACAGUUUCUUUUCCUGAACGCUUAGUAAAUUUUUCAUAGCAUACUUUUGCGCGGCAGAUAAAAAUGCUUCAGGCAUCAAAAAUUGUUUAGUUGUGAAUUGUUAAAGCAUAGUACAAAUGAAAUACAAAACAAACGAA